CUCCCUCCCCCUUUCUUUCUUUCCUUUUAAACAUAUAUCUCAGUUUCCAUUUUGUCUCUGUCUCUCUCCCUCUUUAACUUUUGUUUCUGCUGUUCACCUCUCUUUGUCUGACUUUCCGCCUUUGGCUUCCUCUCCCUCCCCCAUUUCCUGCCCCCCUCACCCGCCUCAGUUGAGGUGAGCAGAACCAGCAUCAGUUUCCACCUCUCAAACCCCAACAAUGUGUCUGUGGCAUCCUCUUCUCUGCUCUCCACACCCUCCCCUUUCCUCAACAGUUUGGCUCAAGGUGAAGGGGCAGGAGCUAUUUGUAGCACAGGAACGGGUGACUCCGGCUUGGCUCAGCCCUGGCGGAUGCGCUGGGCCCAGCUGGAGCUCAGCCAUCAGGGGGUUCACCUCUGGCCCUUACCAAAUACCCGUCUUCUCUCUCUGGUGAGCCUAGAUGGGACAAAGCUUCCCACAACAUAGCCAGUGUCCAUUUGGUGUUAGUGCCGAAAGGACCCUUGGAGAUCAUCCAGCCUGAAGGGGGUAGAGGGAUAGAGUGGAAGGUGUAUGGAAUUUGAAAUCACAGGACCUGGUUUCAAAACCUCGCUCUGCCCCUGACUCCUUGUAUGAUCUGGGACAAAUCAUUUAAUUCCUAGCAUCUGUAAGAUGGUAAAUUCCUUGAGAGUAAAGGCUGCCUUUUGCAUCCUUUUGUUUUUCCAGUGCUUAACACAGCACCUGGCAUAUAGUAGGUGCCUAAUAAAUGUUUACUGACUGUUUCCUCUUCUGUAAGGUGAUUAUGUUGUGCCCCAUGGUUCAUGUGGUCUUUCACCUCUAUAAAUGUGUGAUUUUCUAUGAGCUCAGUCCUUUAUCACAAAGUCAGACUCUAAGACAAGGUCACAUAGCUAGGCAAUAGUAAAUUGGUCUAUGUGGGGCUGGAGGUAGAGGGGGAGAUUAAUCCCCUUUGUGAGCCUUUCCUUGCUCCCUACCUCCUUCAGCUCAAUUGCCCUCUUCUUCCCAGAAUCCUCCACUCUUCAUUCUGAAAAGGUCUUUAAGGAUCAUCUUAACCUGUGACUUCCAGACUACCAAGGGACACAUGAAUACAUUUUCUGGGGGAGGGGGUACAGAGAAAGGGGUCUAUGAACUUGGAUGAGAAACAACCAUCUUUAUUUGUACUAUCCUCUAAAUGAAAUUUGUCAUUUCCUUCAAUGAUGACUGAAAAAAAAAAUUCUGAGAAGAGGUCCCUAGGUUUUACCAGUUUUUCAAAGGAGCCCAUAACUCCCACACAGACUGCUAAGAACCAUCAAUCUCAUCCAAUCAGCUGACUUUACACAAGAGGAAAAUGACUUACCCACAAUCACACAGCUGGAAAAUAACAGAGACAGGACUUCAGUCAAGGGCUUCUGCUCCAAAUCCUGGGCAAUUUCCACUCACCAUCAGACACUCUCUACAGUACGUGGCCCUCUUUCCCCGACCACAUGUUGGGAAUUCCCUGCGGGGACUGGGGGAAGCCUGGGACCCCUGGGAUCGCAGCUCCCUACUGUCAGGCCCUGGAUGUUGGGAGGGGCGUGGCUGGCACUGUUGUUCUUGGCUUGUGGUUGAGGGAGGGCCUGACUGGGUUCUGGGGUUGGCUGCCGCCUCCUUUCUCACUCACACUCUCUCAGGAGGCAGGAAGUUGGGGUUGGACGUGGGUUGGGUGCUGAGAAGGCAAAUUGAGGCAGCGAUAAGGAGCUGGGCGCCUCAUCCAUCACCUGGAUGGUGAUGGAGCCUCUGGACCAGAAGAACCAUGUGAACCAGGCCCACUAAACACACCAGGCAGGAGCCCUCCAGAGGCAGGCACCAUGGGCUGCAGCUGCAGCUCCAGCCUCGAAGAGGAUUGGAUGGAAAAUAUUGACGUGUGUGAACGCUGCCAUUAUCCUAUUGUGCCUUUGGAUGCCAAGAGCAUGUUUCCAAUGAGGAAUGGUUCUGACAUCCGGGAUCCCUUGGUCACCUAUGAGGGUUUAAACCCACCUGUGUCUCCAUUACAAGAUAACCUGGUCAUCGCCCUGCACAGCUAUAAGCCUUCCCAUGAUGGGGAUUUGGGCUUUGAGAAGGGGGAGCAGCUGAAGAUCUUGGAGCAGAAUGGAGAAUGGUGGAAGGCACAGUCCUUGACUACUGGCCAAGAGGGCUAUAUUCCCUUCAACUUCGUGGCCAAAGCAAACAGCCUGGAGCCUGAGCCUUGGUUUUUCAAGGACCUGAGCCGGAAGGAUGCUGAGAGACAACUUUUGGCCCCUGGGAACACCCAUGGAUCCUUCCUCAUCAGAGAGAGUGAGACCACUGCAGGGUCCUUCUCUCUGUCUGUGCGGGAUUUUGACCAGAGCCAGGGGGAAGUGGUGAAACAUUACAAGAUCCGCAACCUGGACAAUGGUGGCUUCUACAUUUCCCCCCGAAUCACCUUUCCUAAUCUGCAGGAACUGGUCCAGCAUUACUCCAAAGUCCCAGAUGGGCUAUGCACUCGACUGAGCCGACCCUGCCAGACCCAAAAGCCACAGAAGCCCUGGUGGGAAGAUGAGUGGGAGGUUCCCCGAGAGACGCUGAAGCUGGUGGAGAGGCUGGGAGGCGGCCAGUUUGGGGAGGUCUGGAUGGGGUACUACAAUGGGCACACUAAGGUGGCAGUGAAAAGCCUGAAAGCGGGCAGCAUGUCCCCGGACGCCUUCCUGGCAGAGGCCAACCUGAUGAAACAGCUGCAGCACCAGCGGCUGGUACGCCUUUAUGCGGUAGUCACGCAGGAGCCCAUCUACAUCAUCACCGAAUACAUGGAGAAUGGGAGCCUGGUAGACUUCCUCAAAACCUCAACAGGGGUCAAACUAACCAUCCAUAAAUUGCUGGAUAUGGCUGCACAGAUUGCUGAGGGCAUGGCCUUCAUUGAAGAGCGGAACUACAUCCACCGGGACCUUAGGGCUGCCAACAUCCUAGUAUCGGACUCACUGAACUGUAAGAUUGCCGACUUUGGGCUAGCCAGGCUAAUUGAAGACAAUGAAUACACAGCUAGGGAGGGAGCGAAAUUUCCCAUCAAGUGGACAGCUCCUGAGGCCAUCAACUAUGGGACAUUUACCAUCAAAUCAGAUGUCUGGUCUUUUGGAAUCCUGCUGACAGAAAUUGUCACCUAUGGAAGGAUCCCCUACCCAGGAAUGACCAACCCGGAAGUGAUUCAGAACCUGGAGCAAGGCUAUCGGAUGGUAAGACCUGACAACUGUCCAGAGGAGCUGUACAAACUGAUGAUGCUGUGUUGGAAGGAGAGGCCUGAGGAUCGGCCCACUUUUGACUACCUGAGGAGUGUCUUAGAGGACUUCUUCACUGCUACAGAGGGCCAGUAUCAGCCCCAGCCAUGACCUUCCUACUUCCCAUCCCAGUCCUUGGUCCCCACUUUACCUUUGCUUCCUAAAUUCCCACCCAGACUGAGACAGGGAUGAGUCUGGGGGAAGACAAAGAGCAUCCUGCCUAAGGUUACCCUCUCCAAUCAAGAUGGCAUGGGACUCCGACAGUUUGGUCAACAUGCUUGUUUCUUCUUAACCUGCCAGGGAAGGAAGACAGGAGAAAACUUGGGAUUGGACUCAUCCUUUGUAUACUCCGCCCCCAACACUUUGUCUCCCAGACUGAUCUCCCCAACUCCGUCCUCUCCCUGAUUUCCCAGGGGCAGAGGAGAAUCCUGGACUUUACCUCAACAUUUUGACUCUUUUGUCUAUGUAUCCACCUAGACUGACUCAUUGUCUCCCUCAACAAAAUUCACAUUCUCAACAACCUUUUGAGGAUAGGGAUUGUUCUACCUUACCAUGUCUCUCUGUCCCUGCCCUGCACAUAGAAAACAUACUAUAAACAUUAGCUAAGAACAAUGACUUUCUACCCAGCACCACCCCUCCACCUCUCCAAGGUAGGCUCAGCCGCACUCCUCCCUGCGCUGUGAGGAAAGGAGGUGCAGAAAAGAGUAGUAGGAUAUAGUGGGGCAGCUAGGUGGUACAGUGGAUAGAACACAGCCUAGAGCCAGGAAAACCUGAGUUUAAAUCCAGCCA